AUCCCCUUCGAGAAACUCCGAAAAUUCAAGCAAAGCUCUGACACCUAUCCUUCUCUAUUCCUCAGUCGAAAUCUCCCUUCUCUAGCGGCACCGACAACACCCUCUACUGCCAUCAACCGCUCAACCGCAUAAAACAAAACGAAAUUCCAUGUCCCGCGAAGCUUACCAAGUCCCCUCCCUCGGCGGCCAGAACGCCUUCGGCGAUGGAUUCUCUGGCUCCCUGGACGGCCCUGUUGUCGCUUACCUGUGCGGAGAAUGUAAUUCGCGCGUGUCGCUGAAGCGGGGCGAUCAGAUUCGGUGCAAGGAGUGUGGUCAUCGAGUGUUGUAUAAGGAGCGGACGAAAAGAAUGGUUCAGUUCGAGGCCCGGUGAAGCGGGCUGCGAAGCGAAUUUUGGAGAAGAAAUCUUUGUCCCUUACGAUUGAUGUGCAUUAUAUGGCGCUAUGGAGUUUGGAAAUUGCAAAUAUUAGUACUUGAGAAUGGCAAGGGCUCCAAAAAUAUCUUCACUGGAGUUGUGGGCGUGGACUCAGUCCAAAACUACUAGCAAUAAUGGUGUAGACAAAAUGCUAUGGCAUAUCUUUCCCUUGACCAAAUUCCGUUUUUCUCAAUGCGCGUUUUAUUUCCCCAUGCAUAAACAAAUUACAAGCUGUGUGUUGUUGAACCCCGAAAAUGCAUUGUCCAUGAAAACCCCGAAAUACAUAAUGCAAAAAGAAAAUAACCAAGAAAUAUCCAAAAAAGAAAAAAA